AUGGCAGGGGAACGAAAAAGCAAGAAAAGACAAAAAUCAGGCAAGGGUAGGAGCAGACAAGAGGAAAAACGAGACAAGGAUAGGAGCAGAAAAGGAGAAAAUCAAGACAAGCAGAAGGGCAGAAAACGACAAAACCAAGACAAGUUUAACGCGAAACGAACAAAACAACAAAAGGAAGUAAGCGAAGGGAGGCAAGGAAAGGCCACCGAGGAGGAAAAGGAAGUCAAGCCAAGCAGCCGAUCUGAAACGAACAUUAUCAAGGGCCGAAACCUUCAUAACGGAAAGGACAAGAACUCUGAGAAAAUCAACCGACCACAAAGUGCUUCCAAAAACAUUGCAAGAAACACGGGGAAUAUUGAAAUUCAAGACGUAUGUGCGGGGAAAAUCGUCCUGGGAUACGGGGAAUCUGUUGUUAUCUAUACUAACAAUGACCGCCAGAAGGAGAAAUGCAAAAAUAAGAUAAAAACUCCUGAAGGCUCCGAGAUCGGUUUCUUCUGUCCAUUCUUUAAUCUGAACAGCAAAGGGUGUAAGAGGGAACAACUGAAGUUCCGCGGCAAAGUCAACGGCAAGAAGCAAAAUAAAAAGUACUGCAAACUAGACGCCCCAGAUGGCGUCAUAAUCUCCACUAAUAAGCUGAGUAUGGAAUUCAGACGAAAGCAAUUUAAGUCAGAUGAGUUCUCUGGCGGAUUCUUAUGUGAGAUCUACACUGUAGGAGAUGCUCCAACAAUUGCUCCAUCAACUACAGCUUCUCCUCCACCAACUACUGUUCCUCCGUCACCAACCACAGCUCCUCCAUCACCAACCACAGCCCCUCCGUCACCAACCACAGCCCCUCCGUCACCAACCACAGCCCCUCCGUCACCAACCACAGCUCCUCCAUCACCAACCACAGCCCUCCGUCACCAACCACAGCCCCUCCGUCACCAACCACAGCUCCUCCAUCACCAACCACAGCCCCUCCGUCACCAACCACAGCUCCUCCGUCACCAACCACAGCUCCUCCGUCACCAACCACAGCUCCUCCAUCACCAACCACAGCUCCUCCAUCACCAACCACAGCUCCUCCAUCACCAACCACAGCUCCUCCACCUCCAGGAACCACCACCUGCAGUAUCACUAGAGAAUACUGUGAUGGCUGCGGGGUAGCACCAAUUUCCGUUGGGAACACAAGGAUUGUCAACGGAACGGCGGCGUCAGUGGGCGAGUACCCUUACCAAGUGGCGGUUCUAUCCACCAUCGCCGGCAGACAGUAUCAGUGUGGGGGUUCAAUCAUCAAGGAAA